AGAAGAUCAGAGAGUAGUUUCAAGGAAGAACCAUGGAAAGAAAUAAUGAAGAUGUUAACAAUCUUGAUGAGCCUAACGUCAAUUAUAGAGGAGUCAAGGCCAUGCCAUUUGUAGUAGGGAAUGAAACUUUUGAGAAGCUAGGGACUACAGGCACUUCUUCAAACCUUUUGGUGUAUCUGACAGACGUAUUUCACAUGAAAAAUAUCACUGCCACAACUCUAAUGAACAUUUUCCAUGGAAGCACCAACUUUUCCACUUUAUUUGGAGCAUUUCUUUGUGACACUUAUUUUGGACGUUACAAAACCUUAGGAUAUGCCUCCAUUGCUUCAUUAAUGGGGAUGGUUGUGCUAACACUGACAGCAACAAUUGAGAAAUUGCACCCACCAGAUUGUGGAAAGGGCAGUGCAGGUGGGGCUUGCCUAGAGCCAACGUCAUGGCAGAUAGCAUUUCUGUUAUUUGGAUUAGGAUUGCUUGUAAUUGGAGCUGGUGGAAUCAGACCAUGCAACUUAGCUUUUGGAGCAGACCAAUUCAAUCCAAACACAGCCUCCGGGAAGUUAGGAAUAAACAGCUUCUUCAACUGGUACUACUUCACCUUCACAUUUGCCAUGAUGAUAUCUUUAACCAUCAUUGUAUAUGUCCAAACUGAAGUAAGCUGGGCUUGGGGAUUAGCCAUUCCUGCAUUCCUCAUGUUCCUAUCCUGUGCACUUUUCUUCAUGGGUUCCUGGAUUUACGUCAAAUUAGAACCUGAUGGGAGUCCCUUCACUAGUGUGAUGCGAGUUCUAAUGGCUGCUCUCAAGAAAAGACAACUGCCAUUGCCAGACCAGCAAUGGCCAUCUCUUUUUAACCACAUUCCAUCAAACUCCAUCAAUUCCAAGCUUCCUUACACUAAUCAAUUCAGCUUCUUCGACAAGGCAGCAAUCAUAACCUCAGAAGACAAAUUCAAAUCAGAUGGAUCAGCAGCUGAUCCGUGGACACUCUGCAGCACACAACAAGUAGAAGAAGUAAAAUGCUUAGUGAGAGUAAUACCAAUAUGGGGUGCAGCCAUAAUCUACCAUGUCGCUACCACACAGCAACAAACAUACGCUGUAUUUCAAGCCCUCCAAUCCGAUAGGCGUUUAUUCUUUGGAAACACCCAUUAUUUCAAAAUCCCAGCCGCUUCUUACACAAUAUUCACCAUGAUUGGCCUCACCAUCUGGAUCCCUUUCUACGAUCGUAUCUUAGUCCCUUCUCUCCGCCGAAUCACAGCCAGAGAAGGCGGCAUUACGCUCCUACAAAAAAUGGGGUUCGGAAUGGGAAUCGCCAUUAUAACAAUGUUCAUCUCAGCAUUAGUAGAACAAAAGAGAAGAAAUUUAGCUCUCACACAGCCAUUGUGCGAAGAAACAGGGAGAAGGGGUUCAAUUUCUUCCAUGUCAGCACUCUGGUUGGUCCCUCAAUUGACGCUGAUCGGGUUGUCAGAGGCGUUCACCGUCAUUGCGCAAGUCGAAUUUUACUACAAGGAGUUCCCUGAAAACAUGAGAAGCAUUGGGGGGUCGUUAUCUUUUGUGGGUCUUGCACUGUCGAAUUAUUUAAGUGGGUUUAUGGUGACGGUGGUGCACCGUCUCACCGCCGGAAAGUGGCUGCCGGAAGAUUUGAACAAGGGUCGAUUGGAUUACUUCUAUUUCUUGGUAUCGGGAUUGGAAGCUGUGAAUUUGGGGUAUUUUUUGUUGUGUUCAAAAUGGUAUAAGUACAAAGGGAGUGGAAGCCAUGGCGUUGAUGAGAUGGAUUUUGGGAAGACGGAAUUUGAAAAAACUGUCGUUUAUUGAUUGUGUAAUCUGUCAUUGUUUCCAGCUUCCUUUGUCUUCUUUAUAUUUAUGAAUGAAUGUGUACUGUAAUGUCAAAUGGGGCUUUGCCCCUAACAUUUCAACUUCUUACCAUUGAUCUACAUGAAUCAAUCUAUAUGCCCUUAAACCAUUCAAACA